CUCCCUCCUGCUCUCUGCCCCGGCCGGGCACCGGAGCCGGAUCCCUGGAUCACCGCAGGCUGUCCCGGUCGGUGUGUGACGGUUCACGGAGCUGCAAGGACACAAGCAGCAGCAACAGGGUGUUCGCUGGGUUCAGAGCACGGAGCGGCCCUGCUGGGCGGAGCAGAGUGCGGGAAGCAGCAAGGAGCAGGUGGGCGGUGUCUGUCUGCGGAGCACCUGAGAUACAAGAGGCUACUCGGCGCAGGCCCUUCCUCCCAUUCCUCCAGCAGCUGUGGGGUUUUUUAAAUUUUCAAAUUUGGUUUAAUCGCCGUCGUCCAUUUCGGAGGAUCAUUUAGUCGUCUGGAAGAAUGAGCACCUACACUGUGUCGCUGCCCGGCCCCGGCCCCUGGGGCUUCAGGCUGCAGGGGGGGAAGGACUUCAACAUGCCGCUGACUAUCUCUAGGAUCACUCCCGGCAGCAAGGCAGCGCAGGGCAACCUGGUCCAGGGUGAUGUCAUCGUCGCCAUUGAUGGCGUUGGAACCGAUGGGAUGACUCACCUGGAGGCUCAGAACAAGAUCAAGAUGGCCAACUACAACCUGGCGCUCACCAUGACAAAGGCGAAGCGUCCCAUCAUGAUGCCACCGCCAAGAAUUGACGCCACUAUUCCCUUGAUCCCUCACCAACAGGUUUUCCCCCUCGCUGCUCCCAACCCAGGAUUCAACCCCGCCGCCCUCCCCACCCAUAAGCCCAUAGAGGUGAAGGGCCCCGGCGGCAAGGCCACCAUCAUCCACGCCCAGUACAACACCCCCAUUAGCAUGUACUCGCAGGACUCCAUCAUGGACGCCAUCGCAGGGCAGACGCAGGGGAAGGGGCAUGAAGUUGGUCUUCUCCCAGUUAAAGAUGGUCUCGUAGACAGCAGCUCCCCGGUCUAUCAGGCCGUCCAGAGUGCAGAGAAGGACCAGGACCUGGGUGAGUGGGGCCGGCGCAAUCCUGCAGUCGACAUGCAGUCCAAGUCCUUCCGGGUCCUGGCUCACAUGACCGGCACCGAUCCCUUGCCAGGAAAGGGAGAGGAGGAGGCUGUGAAGAGGAGGAGCAGCCAAUAUGGUCAACCUCCUGCUAUGCAUCACGCUCCACAAGCCCCGCCUCCUCAGCAGUAUCAGCAGCCAAUCCCACAGCAGUAUCAGCAGCCAAUGCCGCAGCAGUAUCAGCAGCCAGUCCAUCAGCCAUACCACCAGCAAGUCCCACAGCAGUACCAUCAGCCUCCCGCACAACAGGCCCUGCCCACUCAACAGAGCUCCAUUCAGAUCCCUCUUGGCUCCGCCCCUUCCAAGGUGGUCAGCACCGCCUGCAUCUACCCCUCCCAGCCAGCCUCAGCUCCUGCUCCUGCUCCUGCUCCUGCUCCACCUCAGCCCCGCCCUCCAGCUGCUGCCCCGGCCCCAGCUCCAGCUGGUCCUGCCUCCUCUAAUCGACCCCCCUGGGUGGCCGACACCAACUUCGCCAACAAGUACGACCCCAGUAAGACGACCACCACUACCAUAAAGGUGCAGCCGCUGCCCCAGGCUGCCCCUCCUCCACCUGCAUACAUCCCCAACCCCUCCUCUGCCGCCCCUGCAGCUCCCAGCCCCGCCCCUGUCACACCAAGCCCUGCCCCGUUCUCACCUGUGGCGAGGGGCGUGGCUCAAAGGGCGGAGAGGUUCGCCGCUAGCAGCCGUACACCUCUGUGUGGGGCCUGCAACAGCGUCAUCAGGGGCCCUUUCCUGGUGGCCCUUGGCCGGUCCUGGCACCCUGAGGAGUUUAACUGUCACUACUGCCACAUGUCUCUGGCUGACGUGAGCUUCGUGGAGGAGCAGAACAACGUCUACUGUGAGAACUGCUACGAGGAGUUCUUCGCUCCCACCUGCGCCCGCUGCAACACCAAGAUCAUGGGGGAAGUGAUGCAUGCCCUGCGGCAGACGUGGCACACCACCUGCUUCGUGUGUGCGGCCUGCGGCAAAGCCUUUGGAAACAGCCUCUUCCACAUGGAGGAUGGAGAGCCAUACUGCGAGAAAGAUUACAUCGCACUCUUCAGCACUAAGUGUCAUGGCUGCGACUUCCCGGUUGAAGCUGGUGAUAAGUUCAUUGAGGCUCUGGGUCACACCUGGCACGACACCUGCUUCGUCUGUGCGGUUUGCCAUGUGAACCUCGAGGGCCAGCCUUUCUACUCAAAGAAAGACAAACCUCUGUGCAAGAAGCACGCUCACGCCAUCAACGUGUAGACCAACCGAGGGCAACACUGCCAGCCACAACGAGUGAACACAUGCCGACGACUUUUACAAGAUGUGUGUAAAUGCUCUUUAUGCAAAAUACACUUUGUUUUUUUCUUUUUGUGCAUUAAUAUUAAUGAUGAAAACAAUGCUGCCUGAUGAUCCUGCUUCACUACAGAAACAGAAACUAAGUCAUGAUGUUUUCUGUUGUCAGUCCAACCCACUUUAUUAUGUACUUUUAUUUUUCUUGUGUUUUCUACCAGAAACUACUUGAGUGUUUGAUGUGACCGCUGUGUUGUUCAGAUGUAGGAGUUGUAUAUGGAGUCUCAAGUGUGCCAAAUGAAAUAGCUAUUUAUAUUCUUAUCAGUUAAUAAAAUAAUAAUAUAAUAUAAAUAACUGUUACUAAAGUUAUAAUGCAACAAAUAAUUAAAAUAAAGAGCUCAUUACAUUUAAUGUUAAUAAUUUAAAUUUAAUUUGAUAAUAACAAUUUAACAAUCUUAAUUUAAUUUAAGUUAUUUGUAGCUUGUGUUGCACCUCAUUUGUAUGUCACUUUGACAAAAGAGCCAAAUUAAUGAAUGUAAAUUUUAAUCAUUCACUUUAUGAAAUAAAGUAAUGUUAAAAUGCAUAAUUUAAAAAAAGUCAAUUCAAUUUUUUAAUUAAAUUACUACGUCAUUUUUAAGGUAAAAAUAAGGAAACUGAAUUAUAACUAGCCAUAUUUUUUUAUCAUAAUUUGAUUUUUUUUUUUUUUUUUACUUUGAGUUCUUUUUUUGUUUCCAACUAAAUUUUAAAUUAAUUUCUUUCUUUUUUUUUUUAUAUAAAAUAAUCCGGAGGCAUACUCGAGACUCCAUUAGUUUGAACUGCUGCACAGCCGUAUUUUGUCUCCAGAAUAUUGUUCUCAUUAUAUCUUGGACUUGUUUUGGUAUUGUGCCUAUUUUGAUCUCAACUUGUUUAGGUUUUUUGAAUGCUUUUUUUCACUUAACUAAACUAACAAUUAUAUUUUAUUAAUGUUUGGUUCAGCACUACAAUGUAAAAUAGAAACCACAGACUGUAGAGAAACAAAAUGUCCUCAAACUUUAAUUCAUUGUUUAUUCAGAGCAGCAGCAGCAUUUUUAUAUAAAAAAAAAGUGUUUUUUUUCCUGGUUUUGACAAGAGCAUGGCUGUCUCUCAGUGCCAGUGCAGUCUUGAAACUAGUCUUGGACCCGGUCUGGGCUCAGACUCAGGCAGACGUCACACUGCAGCUGUGUGACAGUGAACUGAACAGCAGAGCAGCCCAUGAAGAAGCCUUAUCUGAACUGUGUCUGACACGUUGUUAGAAGUGAGACAGUGAAUGUAACAUGACCAGGUGACACUUUCCACUGGCCUCAUGCAAGCAGGUUCACCUGUGUGGCUGAAUAUGAGUAAACAAAAAAAUUACUUGAAACAAAUAUGGAGACGCAAAAAAAACCACAAAGAGAUGCAAAAGAAAUACAAAGAGACGUACAACGACUACAUCUACAUAGAGAUGCAAAAUGACCACAUAGAGAUGUAAAUGACUACAAAGAAAUGUAAAAUGACCACUAAGAUACAAUAAAACAAUGUAAAAGAAAUGCAGCCAUACAGAGACACAAAACAACCAAAAACAGAUAUACAACAACUAUAAAGAGACAAAAAUGACUACAUGGAAACACAUAGAGACACAAAACGAAUACACAGAGACACAAAACGAACACACAGAGACACAAAACAACUACAUAGAGACACAUAACGACCAUAAAGAGACAUAAAAUGACUACAUAGAGACACAAAACGACCACACAGAGACACAAAACGACCACUAAGAGACACAAAACGACCACUAAGAGACAAAAAAUGACCUCAGAGACACAAAAUGGCUGCAAAGAGACACAAAAUGACCACAUAGAGACACAAAACAACUACAUAGAGAAACAAAACGACCACAUAGAGACAAAACGACCAUUAAGAGACACAAAACGACCACAAGGAGACACAAAACGACCACUAAGAGACAAAAAAAUGACCUCAGAGACACAAAAUGGCUGCAGAGACACAAAAUUACUACAUAGUCACAAAAUGACCACAUAGAGACACAAAACGACCACAUAGAGACAAAACGACCAUUGAGAGACACAAAACGACCACAAGGAGACACAAAAUGACUGCAAAGAGACACAAAAUGACUACAUAGACACAAAACGACCACAUAGAGACACAAAACGACCACAAGGAGACACAAAAUGGCUGCAAAGAGACACAAAAUGACUACAUAGACACAAAACGACCACAUAGAGACACAAAACGACCACAAGGAGACACAAAAUGGCUGCAAAGAGACACAAAAUGACUACAUAGACACAAAACGACCACAUAGAGACACAAAACGACCACAUAGAGACAAAACGACUAUUGAGAGACACAAAAUGACUGCAAAGAGACACAAAAUGACUACAUAGACACAAAACGACCACAUAGAGACAAAACAACCAUUGAGAGACACAAAAUGACUGCAAAGAGACACCAAAUGACUACAUAGACAUAAAACGACCACAUAGAGACCCCAAAUGACCUUCAGACAUAUUCAGACAAAUGCUAUCUGGACCUACUUCCUGCUCUCACACAGUACUUGAGCGUAUUUGUUUUUCCAGGUGAACCUGCAGGUGGGGCUGCUGCAGAGUGUUGAUAGUGUCUGAUGAUAUGAUGUGGAGUGUAACUACUAAUCCCUCUGUGACUUCACAGACAGUAGGCGUUACUGUGCAACAAUUAACCUUGAAUUUCAUAUUUAUUGACUGUUCUGACUGUGUGAUAUUUAUUUAAAAGCUAAUAUAUAUCAUCACUGCUGCGUUCAGUGCUUGACAGAUUAUUAGUUAUUCAAUUUGUUUUGUGGAUGUUUGGCAUCACGAGGUGUAUUUUGAGUGUUAAUGGGUUCUUUUUUUGUUUGUAAUUAUUCUGUUAAUGUUUGUUGUCCUGAACUUUUAGAGCUUGAAUGUUUAUGAUGGUGGCGUUUGUUCACCAGAGGCCACUUUACUGCUCCGUUCACACUGCCGACCUUUACACUGUUUCCUUUAAUGACUAUUGCAGAUACGAUGAAGAUAUUUUUUUAUUUUCUUUUAUCUUGUGCACACAAGAUCUAAAACAAUAUAAUAUCUAGGGCAUCCGAGGCUCCAUAUGGAUGUUUGUGUCCACCUGAAGUACAAUAUUCACUAACUUUUAGCUCUGUUUUUGGUCUCCACCGACUCCUGUGGGAAAUAUCUGUCUCUUUAGCUGCUAAAUGCUCCUCUAUGUUCACCAGGUAUUCUCUAACUGUGUCUGUCUGCUGCUGAGCAGGUUGUGUGCAGAGGCUUUUUACAGCCUUUUCUCAGACAAUGACGCUUUGAGAGGAGCUCAUCGCCCUGGUGUUUGAGAGUGUCCGCCGCACAGCUACCUUGAAAACGAGCGCAAAAGGAAGUGGCAUGUGUACGGCCCCUAAAAUCACACACUGGAGUGGAAUGAUGCCGCCGUUUUUGGGUCUGUGUGAAAAUGCAAGGGACUUCGUAGCGGCCCUGUGGCGCCAUCUAUGUGUAAAAAGGUGGAACAACGAUGUUGUUUCCUAGCAACUGAAAGAUGCCUUAAAAGUGUUGAAAGCUUUGCUCACACCAAACGCGAUGUGAAUAUUCAUGUUGCGUUACUCACGUGAGUUUGAACGCUAGAAUAUUUUGUGUUGACUCGUUUCACAGCGCGAAUAACUCACAUCGUACGCAUGUGAAAUUGCUGAAUCGGUUAAUGCACUUCCGCAGGUAUGACUUUGGCGUCAUAUGCUGAUUGGCUAUCGCGGUGCAAAUUGGUCGCUUGAGUUCAGGUUUUUCAUAUCUUGCAAAUAAGUGUAUGACGCAAAAUUGUGCCACUUGCUUCACACGUGCCACUUAAUUCGCAACGUGUCCAGCACGCCGGCAAGCGGGAAUUCUCAUCUAAUCGCGUCUUUACGUUGACUUUACGGUACGUGUCACUUGCACAAGUUGUUUUUGCGUCUGGUGUGAACACAACAUAUUUUUUUUAGCAUUUGAUCGCUAUUAGAGGAGCAGCUCAACAAACUGCAAAAUAAAACCUGAUCCAUUUCAGAUCCCUUCCUAUGUUUGCUCCAGGUGCGUUCAAUGACGCUCCGUUAACGAUAAACACAAUAAAUCAAAGCAUAUGUUCACUCCUAUCUUACAGAGUGAUUUUGAAGUGUCAGGUCUGAUGUUUCCGCAGUGUGGACGGAGCUCAGAGACACUGAAUACAUGAUUUAGAGCAGAAGACUUUUGGGUUUGUGUUUUUCAGAUGAACUUAAAAAUGACUUUGACACAAGUUUCUGUGGGGAACGUUAACUGCUGAGAUUCCCUGCAGCGUAUUGUGCCUUGAUCCGUCUGUCUGACUGGCACACACACACUCGGCCAGUCGUGAUGAGUCUGUGUGCUGGUGUACAGUUUUUACUUUGAAUAUUUUAUACAGUUUGCGUGUUUUCCAGAGGGUGAAUGUGUGCAUGCAGAACGUUUGUCACAGUUUGUUACAGCAUGUGGAACGAGGCAGGGACAGCAUUAGUUAGCGCUGUUGUCACUGCGUCACUGUUUAACAUUAUUCAGAGUGUUUGAACUGGUUUUGGUGUCAAUGAGCUGUAAGUGAAACAUUAUUAAUGUCACAUUAUGAAGGAUGGAAAGAAGCUGAAGUCACGUUAAGACUCUCCUGGUUGUUGGAGGUUCAGCUGCUUUACAUUUGUCUAACAGGUUUUAAUAUUUGACGAAUAUAUGUGUUGCAAGUUGAAUAAAUUGAGCACUUCAAACACGUGAAAA